GUGUUACCUCGAGCCAAACUUCGACAUGUCAGCAUUCGAUGCAUUCGUAACGGUCCAUCAGUACCAGCUCUCUGCAAUUCCUCAAGAGCUAUGGGAGGUAAUGUGCAUUGCAGAAGCUUGGUCCUUGCAACAGCUAGCCAACUUAUUCACACUUGACACUCGAUAUGCAGACGCUCUUUAUGAAGCUUGGAGAAGACUACUUGGACGCUGGAAAUGCUUUUGAGCUUCAUUAUGGCGAUAAUGUAGAAGGCUACUCACUUCAUGCCAAAACUGAUCUCGCAAAGGAAAGCAACAUCUUCUUGAUUGACCAUGCAUGGACCACUAAACCAGAAAAUGCAAAGAAAGAAAUCAAGUCGGCACCAGGGCUUUUGGAUCGUCUGGAAACAAUCAUGGACAUUGAGAAAGAGGAAGUGGUCGAUAGUGAUGAUGAAGAUGAAAUUGAAGAGGAUUCAAAUAUGAUUGAUGUGGUUGCAGAGCAAGCUAAUGUUAGCAAAGAGCAAGCGAGGGAAGCUCUUGUUGCUCAGCGUUAUGAUCUCGUCAAUGCUAUCAUGCACCUGACUAUGUCAGAAGAAUUUAAAGCAGAGUCGGAACGUCUGCAAGAUCAAGUAUUGGGUCAAGUCCUUGGUAAGUCAAUAUGGUAGAAAGCUGGCCACAUUUGAAGAAACAGAUCUGUCUAAUAAUUGCGUGUUUUCACAGCAAGCGGUAAGCCGGAAGAGAAGGAAGAG